AUGCAGGUGGACCUUCAACGCCGCGGGCUUCAGUCCUUCGACCCCGCCGAGUUCGCCAACACGGACGAGCACCUGAAUCUUCUUCUGCAGGUGCGCCAGCUGGAUCUCUCGCACAACUCCCUGUGCACCAUCCGUGGACUUGAGGGCCUGACGCAUUUGACGGUGCUGAACAUUUCGCACAAUGGGCUGCGCUCCCUCGGUGGUGGACUGCCGCUGACGCUGCGGGAACUCGACGCAUCACACAACAGCCUCGUCUCACUACAAAACGCAGCUCUUCUGCCGUUGCAGUUCCUCACCUCCCUCAAUGUUUCCUUCAACGAUCUGGAGGAUCUUCGAGGGGUUCCAGGCGUGACGGCGCGGCUAACGUACCUCGACGCGCGGAGCAACCGACUCAGCUCCCUGGUGGGAAUCGAGCACUGCAGUCAGCUGCGCACACUCCACGCAGAGGCGAACCUCUUGCGAGAGGUGGCAGAUGUCGCCUCUAUUAAGUGUCUACCCCUCCUGAGCGCCGUCUUUCUAUCCGGCAACCCCCUGCUCCUGCGCAAGCGUCGGCUCACACAACUCCGUCUCCUACUGCCCUCCAAUGUCGAGCAGGACGACUUACCCACGACGGCGCCACCUAGCAGUCUCCGCAGCUCUACAGCGGCACCACCCUCCGUGCCAGACACGUCAUCCGUCGGCUCGCUUGAUCAUACCACCGUGGCUUCAGUCAGCGAGUACCGCGAGGAAGUGCAUUGUGGCAGCGGGCACACCAGUCAACCAGCCAGCGCCCACCAAGGCACACCACCAUCCAUGCACGACGCCGCCGUCACACGCGAUUCUUCCGCAGUGCUGGAGAGAGAGCCACGGCAAUACGUGCACUCCUCAGCCUCACGAAGACACCACCACCACCUUCCUUAUCGGGACAUGUCGGACCGCGUUUGCCCAUCGCAUUCGUUCGCGGCAGCUCCGCCAACCACCACUGGUCCUACCAUCGCUACUGGGGUGGUGGGAGGUGCGUCAGACAGCCCAACAUGCCCGCGCCGUCCCCUACCUCAUGAACACCGCCUCGCAGAGACUCCCGGCACUGCCUCCAUGUCCUCAUCACCUGACCACGCGCAUGCGACAUUGACCCCUGGGCCCCUGCACAGCAGAAACAGUCGAGGCUCGCUGGCUGCAAGUCUCUUCCCGGUCCCUACAUCACCCCCUCACGAACACGGCACCGUCGUCACCGCACCGCAACCCACGCGGUACGGCGAUAGCCGCAGCAGUGAUCUCGCCCGGGAGAACCUGGAGGUGCAGCUCGUGCGCGUCACUGCGGAGCGGGACCACUAUCGCCGCGAAGUUGUUGCCCUGCGCAAAGAGUUGGGAGAGCUGCGGCAAAAGUGUGCACAACAGUGGGCACACGAGAGGAAGGCGGUUCCGGAUGGGUUGGAACAGAGAUGUGUACGCUCCGCCGUAGCAGCAGCUCCAGUUCACGGAGAGGGGAAUUUAAUCGCUGGGCAUAGCGAGCCUCGCCAGUCACCACAGCAGCAGCAACCGGGGGGGUCACCGCCGGGGCGGAUCCUAGCAGUAGAAAUGUCUGCUCACUCUUCGUUUUGUUCGCACGAUGGCGAGGGCGAUACCCCCGAGGCGCCCACCAACAACCACCUCCACGCCCCGCAGGACAAGAAUCUGGUGGGGCGCGCGCGCGCGUCUUUGUCGCCGCUCAUACCGUUGCACGCACCGCAGCAGUCGGACACCACAAGCACCUCAAUGGAUACGUCGAAGAUGAACAGGCGUAAGAUGGCGGCUCUCUUUAUGGCGAAACUGCAGCAGAGCGGCCCCUCCUCUCGAUAG